AGAGAGAAGAUAGAUGUGGCAAUGGCUGGGUAUGAAGCAAGGUCAGGUUGUGGCUACGUCCAUGAGCUCCUUAGACCAGAGCUGCACUUGCAAAUUAUGUCCCAACCAACAACUCAAGCUCAACCCUCAGAUUCACCGAACAAAGACCACCAGAAGACCGACGACCCUGAUGCGGAUGCGGCCGCCACCUCCAGCCGCCGUCCCCGAGGCCGUCCUCCGGGAUCCAAAAACAAGCCGAAGCCACCAAUAAUCAUAACACGAGACAGCCCAAACGCCCUCCGAUCCGACCUACUUGAAGUCUCAGCAGGUUCUGAUGUCGUCGAGAGCGUGUCUGUUUACGCCAGGCGAAGAGGAAGAGGAGUGUGUGUUCUCAGUGGAUGUGGCACCGUCGUAAACGUGACUCUCCGUCAGCCAGCGGCAGCUCCUGGAGGAAGUGUGGUGACACUGCAUGGGAGGUUCCAGAUACUUUCUAUUUCGGGUACGGUGCUUCCGCCGCCUAGUGCUGGUGGAUUGUGUAUAUUUUUGUCAUGUGGAGAAGGACAGAUAGUGGGGGGGAGUGUGGUGGGUCCGUUGGUGGCUUCAGGUGGUCCGGUGGUUUUGAUGGCGGCUUCGUUUUCAAAUGCAAUGUUUGAACGUUUACCAUUGGAGGAGGAGGUGGAGGAAGGAGCUGGGGCUGCACGGUCUAUCCAACCAGCUGCGUCGCAAGCAAUCUUCAGAUGACGGUGGUGGUUGAGGAGGCAGUGGCGGUGUUUGUUUUUUUAGUGUGG